CCAUUUUCCCCCUCUCGUCUAAGCACACCACCAUUACUGUUCCUGAAGCAUUCCUCUUAAUUCAGCAUCAAUUUCAGUUUUAGUCCUCCCUGUAACCUUUGAGUAACUGAAGCAUUGCACGCUCUAUUAUUUUUCAUAACCCUAACGUAGAUUAAGCGAACCCUCUUCUUCUGCACCCUUUUCCGUCAUGACUGAUUCUCACGCCAAUCACAAUGACCCAUCUCUCGCUACCGAUGCUGAUGCACCCAAUGAUGCUGGAAAUGAUGAUGUCAAGUUGAGUUCUAGGGACCAAAGACUGGCUCUGCCAGGUGAGCCCAAGUGUGUUAUAUGUGGCCGCUACGGUGAAUACAUAUGUGAUGAAACUGAUGAUGAUGUUUGCAGUUUGGAAUGCAAACAAGCACUGCUCUGCAGAAUGGCCAAAUCGUCGUCUUCUAUUGGAGGUCUUCCACCGCCUAGAAAGAUUCCUGCAGCUGAUGAGUGCUUUUAUGUUAGAGGUACCGAUUAUGAAUCGGGAACUCCAUCAAUGGCUAGUGAUCAGGUUGAAAUAAUUAGAAAGAAACUUAACAUUCAUGUGAAGGGUAAUGAUGUAGUGACACCAGUUUUGUCAUUCUCUGCCUGUAACCUCCCUGACAAGCUUCUCCACAAUAUAGAAGCAGCAGGAUAUGACAUGCCUACACCUGUCCAGAUGCAAGCAAUACCUGCUGCUUUGACAGGCAAAAACAUGCUCGUUUUGGCUGAUACAGGAUCUGGGAAGUCUGCUUCGUUUCUCAUUCCAAUAGUUUCUCGUUGUGCGAGUCAUCGUUGGCAAUAUGUUUCAGAUAAGAAGCCUCUAGCUAUGGUGUUAACACCUACCAGAGAGCUCUGUAUACAGGUUGAAGAACAUGCUAAAUUGCUUGGAAAGGGGUUGCCUUUCAAAACUGCUCUUGUGGUUGGCGGUGAGGCCAUGGCUGGACAACUUCACCGCAUUCAACAAGGGGUCGAAUUGAUAGUAGGAACCCCAGGAAGGCUUGUUGAUCUUUUAAUGAAGCAUGAGAUUGACUUAGAUGAUGUGAUGACUUUCGUUGUGGAUGAGGUGGACUGCAUGCUGCAAAGGGGCUUUAGAGAUCAGGUCAUGCAAAUAUAUAGGGCCCUGUCACAACCUCAGGUCUUGAUGUAUUCUGCUACAAUGUCUAAUGAUUUAGAGAAGAUGAUUAACUCUCUGGCGCAAGGUACAGUGGUUAUCUCUGUUGGAGAGCCUAAUAGACCAAAUAAGGCCGUGAAGCAGCUAGCUAUCUGGGUUGAGUCAAAGCAAAAGAAGCAGAAGCUGUUUGACAUUUUGGCAAGUAAGAAGCAUUUUACGCCACCUGUUGUAGUAUAUGUCGGCUCUAGACUUGGGGCAGAUCUCCUGGCUAAUGCAAUUACAGUGUCCACAGGAAUUAAAGCAGUUUCAAUUCAUGGGGAGAAGUCUAUGAAGGAAAGAAGAGAAAUAAUGCAGUCCUUUUUGGUGGGUGAGGUCCCAGUGGUUGUGGCUACUGGGAUUUUGGGUAGGGGGGUUGAUCUACUGGGAGUAAGACAGGUAAUUGUGUUUGACAUGCCUAAUUCCAUUAAGGAAUAUGUUCAUCAGAUUGGAAGGGCAUCUAGAAUGGGAGAGGAAGGUCAAGGCAUAGUUUUUGUGAAUGAGGAAAAUAAGAAUGUCUUUGCAGAAUUAAUUGAUGUUCUGAAAUCUGGUGGAGCAGCGGUGCCUCGGGAGCUUGCCAAUUCACGGUAUGCCACAGGAUUUUUCUCUACUGGCAAGGGUUCAAAGAAGAGAAAGCAUACAGGAUGAAGUUUCUUAUUACUUGCUUAAAUCCAGCCUUAAUCUUGAUGUUGUAAACUUAGAAAAUUGCACUAAAAAAUACAUGUAUAUGUUGUACUUAUGAAGGAUGAAAUUUUUUUCAUACUAAAAUAUAUUACACAUUCAAAUCUGCAGAUUUUGUGACAUCACAAUAUACCAUGGUAUGCUUUUGGGAUUGGUAGAAACUAGAAAGUCUUAGGGCUGUUUUAGCCUAUAAUCAAUAAUAUAAAGGUUAAG